UUCCAUCAAUAAAUAGUUAGCACCGUUUUAAAAUUAUUUUGAAAUUCACUACCGGAAGUUAGCUUUGUUUUGUAACUUAACUUGCGAUGAUCCAUUUAAUUGCAACCUGGGUCUAAAGUGACAGACAGUGGCUGAACUGCUUUGUUGAUUUGGUCGCAGCCAACGUGUUGGUGUUGACGGAGGUCAGCAGGUCUUCGCCGAACCCAGCCUGCCGAGAUGCUUUCCCCGGGAAGGACCGUGUCCUCCAGGCUUCUGAGGCCCGCCUCUUGGUUUCCUUUUCGGCUGGGCUGUGAGCGGUCCGUCGCCAGCUCCAAGCAGAAAGAGUUGAUCAAGAAACACGAGCUGGAGAAAGAUGAGCUCCGGCCUCUUUACAUGGACUUCCAGGCCACCACUCCCAUGGACCCCCGGGUGCUUGAUGCCAUGUUGCCAUACCAGGUGAAUUACUAUGGUAACCCUCACUCCAGAACACACGCCUAUGGCUGGGAGAGCGAGACUGCCAUGGAGAACGCCAGGAAGCAGGUUGCUGAUCUGAUCGGAGCUGAUCCCAGAGAAAUCAUCUUCACCAGUGGAGCCACAGAGUCCAACAACAUAGCCAUUAAGGGCGUGGCUAGAUUCUACAAGUCCAAGAAGCACCACGUGAUCACCACACAGACGGAGCAUAAAUGUGUCCUGGACUCAUGCCGAGUCCUGGAGGCCGAAGGAUUCAGCGUUACCUACCUGCCAGUCCAGACGAACGGACUGCUGGACCUGGAGCUUCUAGAAGCCUCCAUCCGCCCUGACACCUCUUUGGUGUCGGUGAUGACGGUCAACAACGAGAUUGGAGUCAAGCAACCCAUCAAAGACAUAAGCCAAGUUUGCCGGUCCAAAGGAGUCUUUUUCCACACUGAUGCUGCGCAGGCUGUCGGUAAGAUUCCCAUCAACGUCUCUGACUGGAAGGUUGAUCUGAUGUCCAUCAGUGGUCACAAGAUCUAUGGACCCAAAGGUGUUGGGGCCUUGUAUGUGCGCCGCCGGCCGCGGGUCCGUUUGGAGCCUCUGCAGAACGGGGGAGGCCAGGAGAGGGGCCUUCGCUCGGGCACUGUUCCCACCCCCCUGGUGGUCGGACUGGGAGCUGCCUGCAGCGUCGCCCAGAAGGAGAUGGAGUACGAUCACCACAGAGUGUCCAUGCUUGCUGAUCGUUUGAUCAAGAGAAUCAUGACAGAAGUUCCUGAAGUUGUGAUGAACGGAGACCCGGAGCAGCGGUAUCCGGGCUGCAUAAACCUUUCGUUUGCUUAUGUGGAGGGAGAGAGUCUGUUAAUGGCUCUGAAGGAUGUUGCCCUCUCAUCUGGAAGUGCAUGUACGUCAGCGUCUCUGGAGCCGUCGUACGUCCUCCGAGCCAUUGGAGCGGAUGAAGACCUGGCUCACUCCUCCAUCAGGUUUGGGAUUGGCAGGUUCACAACAGAAGAAGAAGUCGACUACACAGCGGAAAAAUGCAUCCAGCAGGUCCGUAGGCUCAGAGAAAUGAGUCCUCUGUGGGAGAUGGUUCAGGAAGGAAUCGACCUGAAGAGCAUCAAGUGGACCCAACAUUGAAUCCAGUUCACUUCCUGUCCAGUUCCCAGCUGAUGAAAAUGAUUACAGUUCCCAAGAAAAACUUGGAACGGUCCAGCUUUUCUUCUUCAACACAAACACGCACAAACUCCCUGUACAGUCUGCUUUUUAGCUGAGCUCCGUAUUUUUUCUAGAAGCUCCUCCAGUGUUUAGGACUGAUGAUCAACACUGCAGCCUCUGCUUGUUCCGGUCAUUCUCCAGUGAGGAUUUUCCUGAUUACACAACUGUUUAGAGACUUUUAGGCCACCACUGGAGUCUGAGUUUUGAGAACUGAAGAUUUCCUGCAGAAUAUCAGCUUUUACAGUUUUCUGCAUCGAGUUUAUAAACUGCGAUUAAGUGGUGGUGAAUGUAGUCUGCAGGACUUGUAGCUCAUGCCACUUUGAAAGACACUGAAUUUUUUUACUUAACCAAUUGUGAGCUGAAACCCCAUUUCCCUGGCUGAUGGAGUUCCAGCAGUUAUUGUGUCUGUGUGCUGUCAUCUCCUGAUGUCUUUGACUAACCCAGUCCACAUUUCAUUAUUAACUCAUCUUUCACACUUUAGCAUGCAGUAAAUAAAUGCAGCCUUUACAGCAA